AUGUACAUUUCAGAUCCCACAUGUUCGGACACACAUCAGGAUGUAAUUGGGGGUGCCGAGAGGGCGUAUUCGUCGUAUCCGGGUUGGACUGGUGGUAAUAUGAGAGAUAUGAUGACGCGUGAUCAAAUGAUGAAUCUUCUCGAUUUUGGCAAACAAAUAGUUGCUUUAUCUCAAGGGAUGAAUGAUAUUCCAGAAAAGCUGGUUUCUCGGAUGAACGAUACUCUCGCGUUAAUAUGUCACACGAAACCUCUAAAUACAUCACUUCGGUAUUUGCUCGACUACUCAUUACGUGUACAAGCUGCUAACGGAUUGAACUGCGCCUUGCGAGAACAUAUGGGUUUUGCAUCAGAACCGUUGCUUUCAUCACACGUGCGUUGGGCCAGCAAACUUCGGCGCGAGCUCGGCGAGAAGCGGAACGCUGCAGCUGCGUUUGCUGAUAUCCAUACGUUGGUUACUCAGAAUGUGCUGGAUGCAUGA